AUGAUGCUUGGUGGGACUGACACAUCCUCCAACACAGCUGAGUUUGCAUUUGCUGAAACCAUGAACAAUCCGGCGGUGAUGGGAAAAGCCAAGCAAGAAUUGGACGAUGUAGUUGGCAAAGGCAACAUUGUACAAGAAACUCAUAUUUCCAAAUUACCAUACCUACAAGCUGUGGUGAAAGAAACUAUGUUCCUGUACCUACUCGAGCCACUUUUAAUCCCUCACUGCCCAAUUGAAACAUGCAUAGUGGGAGGCUACACCAUUCCAAAGGGUUCCAGGGUUCUUGUUAAUGCAUGGGCUAUUCAUAGGGACCCUUCUAACUGGGAAGACCCAUUGGAUUUUGAUCCAAACAGGUUCUUGCGUGGCAAAUGGGACUAUAGUGGACGUGACUUCAACUAUUUACCAUUCGGGUCAGGCAGAAGAAUAUGUGUUGGGACAGCAAUGGCUGAGAGAAUGAUGGUAUAUACACUUGCUACACUCUUGCAUUCCUUUGACUGGAAAUUGCCACAGGGGGAGGAGCUGGAUCUUUCAGAGAAGUUUGGGAUUGUGAUGAAGAAGAAGAUACCUCUGGUUCUCAUCCCAACUCCAAGGCUAUCGAAUCUAGCACUCUAUGAGUGGCCUACAAUAUUUCAAGUUGUUAAUGCUUUUGAUGAUUGA